AUGGAGGGCUAUCUACGUAGCAGCUUUUUACUGAGCCGAGUCAUGUCUUCCAAAGCAGCCACAUCUCCCUUUGCUUCAGUGGUGGAUGGAGAAGACCCCAUGAGCCAGGACCACUUGUCAUGGGAGAAAGAGGAUGGUGCAGAGGCUCACUGCACUCCUCAGCUGCCUCUGCACACUCUGCUCCAUGGAAAAGGCCACCCUGAAGAGGUGCAGCCCCUCAGCAGUCUGCCCCCAGAGAGCGACUGGGACAACCUGCUGUCCGCACAGCAACGCAUGGAAUCUGACAGCAAUAAAGUAUGUUCCCUGUACUCCUACCGGAACAAUUCCACUUCCCCGCACAAGCCGGAGGAGGGGGCCCGGGAGCGAGGCGACAUGCUGAGUGGAUCGGCCUUUGGAACUCCUGAGCGACGCAAAGGAAGCCUGGCUGACGUUGUGGACACGCUGAAGCAAAAGAAACUGGAGGAGAUGACAAAGACAGAGCAAGACGAAUCAACCUGCAUGGAGAAACUUCUUUCCAAAGACUGGAAAGAGAAAAUGGAACGGCUCAAUACAAGUGAUCUUCUGGCAGAAGUCAAAGGUACUCCGGAGAGCUUGGCGGAGAAGGAGCACCAGCUUUCUACAAUGAUCACGCAGCUCAUCAGCCUGAGGGAGCAGCUUCUGGCCGCACACGACGAGCAGAAGAAACUGGCCGCUUCACAGAUGGAGAAACAGAGACAGCAAAUGGAGCUGGCCCGGCAGCAGCAAGAACAGAUUGCAAGACAACAGCAGCAGCUUUUGCAGCAGCAGCACAAAAUCAACCUCCUCCAACAGCAGAUCCAGCAGGUCCAGGGUCACAUGCCUCCACUCAUGAUCCCCAUUUUUCCACACGACCAGCGCACUCUGGCAGCCGCAGCCGCUGCCCAGCAAGGAUUUCUCUUCCCCCCAGGAAUGUCUUACAAGCCAGGUGAUAACUACCCAGUGCAGUUCAUUCCAUCCACAAUGGCAGCUGCAGCAGCGUCAGGACUCAGCCCCCUCCAGCUUCAGCAACUGUAUGCCGCCCAGCUUGCCAACAUGCAGGUCUCUCCUGGAGCCAAGAUGCCGCCACUCCCCCAGCCUCUCAAUGCUAGCGGGCCCAUCUCCCCCUCCUCUCUGAAGAACGACAAGAGCUCCUCCAGCCCCAUCACUCAAGUCAAGGAGGAAGGAACACAGCCGCUCAACCUGUCAGCCCGGACUAAGACUACAGAACUCAAGUCCCCCACAUCCCCAACACAAAACCUGUUCCCAGGCAGUAAACCCAGCCCAAACAGCCUGCUGGGAAAAGCAGGGAUCCCUAGCCCGCUUAGCAUGGGCCGAGCCUCUUCCCUUGAUAUCCUCUCAAGUUUAAACUCGACAGCAUUGUUUGGGGACCAGGACACGGUGAUGAAGGCCAUCCAGGAAGCUCGCAAGAUGAGAGAGCAGAUCCAGAGGGAACAGCUGCAGCAUCACCAGCAAGGCAUGGAGGCAAAGCUGUCCGCACUGGCUUCUGUGGGCUUGAAUAACUGCAGAGACAAGGAAAGGGCGCACUUUGAGAGCAUUGGUCAUCAUCUCAGCAAACUUAGUGAGGAGGGGAAAAUUGGUCACAGAGUUAUUGACCUCACCAGACCAGAGGAUCUUGACGGAGGAGCUGGACCUACAGAGGCUCGGGUCUUCAGGGAAGCCCGGGGCAGAAACAACAAUGAGCCUCACAUUAAGAGGCCAAUGAACGCUUUCAUGGUGUGGGCGAAAGAUGAACGGAGGAAAAUCCUACAGGCCUUCCCCGACAUGCACAACUCCAACAUAAGCAAGAUCUUAGGUUCUCGGUGGAAGUCAAUGUCAAAUCAAGAUAAGCAGCCGUACUAUGAGGAACAGGCCCGUCUGAGCAAGCAGCACCUAGAGAAGUACCCAAACUACAAGUACAAGCCCAGGCCAAAGAGGACCUGCAUUAUUGACGGGAAAAAAUUGCGCAUUGGAGAGUACAAGCAGUUGAUGCGUUCACGCCGACAAGAGAUGAGACAGUUCUUCACUGUGGGACAACCGCCGCAAAUCCCCAUCAGCACCAGUGCCAGCAUGGUCUAUGGUCCCGGGGCAGUAACCAUGGCGACCACCACACCCUCACCUCAGAUGACAUCAGAGUGCUCGAGCGCGUCGGCGAGUCCAGAGCCCACCAUCCCUGUCAUCCAGAGCACCUACAACAUGAAGCUAGAGCCCAACCCUAUGUCAGUGAACAACAGUGAGGCCGUGAAUGGAGAGGACGAUAUGGACAUGUACGAAGAUUUCGAGGAUGACCCAAAAUCGGACUAUAGUAGUGAAAAUGAAACGCAAGAGCCGGUGAACAACAACUGA